ACUAAAAGUCUUUUAAGUGUUGACGGGAAAUGAUCGACGUUGGGUUGUCACUGCAGGCAGGCUGCGUUCACUGUCAUAAGAAAGGAAGUUAGAGGAGCAUCGAAAUGUGAAGCUGGACCAGCGAGAACAGCUUCAAACCGGUUUAAGCGCCUGGCUACAAAAGCCGGAGUUCGCGCAGAACACACCGCACAAUGAUGAAGGACAGAUCGGGAUGUUCCAGCUCAACACAUCCACAAUCAUUCAUAUAGAUCAUAGUGGUCAUCAUCUCACAUUAUGACAGAAUGACAAGACAUUUCAGAUCAUAACGCAGCAUUGUCCAAACAGCCUGUUCAACAACAUCCUGAACAGAAUUUAGGAAAUCAUCACCAUUUCCCGGUCGUUGAGUGUAAACAUGAGUGCCCGGAACACUAAGCAAGCCCCGGACGGUGGAUGGGGUUGGGCCAUUGUGGUUGCCUCUUUCAUGGGUCAGCUCCUGGCGUACGGUUCGCCUCAGUCAGUGGGGGUGCUUUAUCCAGAAUGGUUGAACACCUUCCAGGACAGCAAAGGCAUGACAGCGUUGGUCGGCUCUCUCGUGUCUGGGGUCGGACUCAUUGCUAGUCCCAUCUGCAGUGCCUGUGUUGUGAACUUCGGGGCCAGACCUGUGACCAUAUUCAGUGGGGUCAUGGUUUCUGGAGGACUUAUGCUUAGUGCUUUUGCACCCAAUGUUCAGUUUCUGAUAUUUUCCUAUGGGAUUGUUGUUGGACUAGGCUGUGGACUUGUGUAUGCUGCUACUGUAACCAUCACUUGUCAGUAUUUUGACAAGAGACGUGGUCUUGCUCUUGGCAUCAUUACAACAGGGACAAGUAUUGGAGGUUUUCUCUAUGCUACUGUGCAGAAUGAGUUCAUUGCACUCUUUGGACUCGACGGCUGUCUUUUGCUCAUUGGCUGCUUUGCACUAAACAUCAUCGCCUGUGCUGGACUCAUGAGACCGCUGCACCUGCCGGCCUACUACCUGAAACAGAGAGCAGCGCUGGCCGAGAAGACCGAAGAGAAGGUUCUGGACAAGGCCCCUGUUGUGGAGGACCCAAUCAAGAAAAAUCAGUCCGUCAAUGUAUUAAUCACAGGGGAGACGAAAGAGCGGAAGAGCCUUGUGAGCUACGCGGCGUUGGUGCGGCUUGUGAAGAAGAAGCAGAAGAAGUACUCUGAAUACUUGCACUCGACGGCGGAGCUGCUUCAGAACAGGGUCUUCCUGGCCACGUGCGUGUCUUUGUUCGCUUAUUGCUUGGGAGCGUACACUCCUCUUCUCUUCCUGGAAGAUUUGGCCCAGAGCGAGGGUCUGAUCAGCGGCAUCAGCACCAUCCCGCUGGUCUCCAUCAUGUCCAUUGCUGCUGGAGUGGGGAAGCUGCUGCUGGGCGUCAUGAUGGACAUCCGCUGGAUGAACAGCAUCUUUCUGUAUGUCUUCACUCUGCUGGGAACAGGGGUGGUUCUUCUCAUAAUCCCCAUCACCAAGAACUACGCUGGGCUGCGGGUCAUAUCAGCGCUGCUGGGGUUUUUUUCUGGAAACUGGUCUGUCAUACCCUAUGUGACCACUAAGGUGGUGGGAAUGGAUCGUCUGACUGAGGCAUAUGGCAUCUUGAUGUUCUUUGGUGGAUUUAGUAUAAUGCUCGGACCGCCGGUCGCAGGCUGGAUUUACGACUGGAUGAACUCCUAUGACCUGGCGUUCUACUUCAGUGGGAGCUUCGUGCUGCUGGGAGGAGCUGGCCUUUUCCUCGCUGCUGUGUGCUGUAGGAACAACAACCAAGAGGAAACCAGCACGCCAGACACAGAAUGCAUUAAUGACUAUGACAAAGUGGCAACGGUUGCCUGAAGCACGACUACAAGAUUAACUGCUGUCCAGCAGAUGAAUUCCCCCACUCCUUAAUUACAAAUAGAUGAAGCAUACUUUACACUGAACAUGUCCGAGGUUACACUGAAGUACGCUAGCAAAUGAAUAAAGGACUGUCCUUAGGCUUGUUAUUUGUGGCCUUGUUUUAGGAGGCUCUGGUUCUGCAUUCACAAUUCCUAGGGUUCCUAUUAAAUUUGUUUUGGUUACUGUUCGGAUGGUAUUGAAAUAUAUGGAGACGGGGGAGUCCUCAGUGCCAUGUGUCAUCAGUCUUAGAGAAACAAUGUUUUCCAACGUCUCAAGUUUUAUGAGAUGGCUGUAUUGUUUUUUGUAUAGUCGUGGAAGAUUUUGCGCCACUACACUACACUGCAAAUAAAUGUCAUUUUUGUAACGAUUUCACAAUCUGAGAAAGGUUCCGCAAUAUAUGGACGGGUGAUAAUGUCUUGUGCUGUAUCAAAGUUUGAUUGUUGUUGGUUUAUUUAUUGUACUUGAUUUGUGUCAGUAAAAGCUGUUCAUAAUGUUCAGGCAGACAGCACUAGACUGUGCUUUUAUGUUUAUGCCUUGUUUUCUAUGCCUUGUUAUGAAAAAUGUUGGAUUUUCUUAGCGACACAGACUGUAGUCUGUAGUUGAUUUUAAACCACAUAAGCAAUAUGUAUCUGUGAAAUUGCUGUCAGGUUAUUUUUAAAGCAGUUUAGCUAUCUUUUUUUUUUUACUUUUUGAAAUACCAGCUUAUAUCGACUGUUUUACACGUUUUGCUAUGUCAAGACUGUGUAUGUUUGUAUUUGUACUGCUUUCUGUUCGUUUCACUUUUUUUAACCUUGGUAAGAUAUUGUUACUUGAAAUACAUUUUUUA